CUGUCAACACUUGUCUAUAAAUAAAUGUGCUUAUUUUAGUGCAUGGCGGAUUUCGGAUAGUGAUUGGCCAUCUCUGAGUGAAGGGCGGUGGAUCUUAUUGGUGCAAUCUAGUGUCCUUUUAAGGACACACAGAAGUACUUGUUAAAAUAUUCCAUUACAUCCCGGAGGGGCGGUGCUUUGAGAGUGUUGCAUGCUCCGCCCGCUCGGGAUGUUUGGUUUAUUUUCUGUAAUCAAACACAAAGGAGUGUUGAAGUGUGACAAGUGCGUCUCGGCUGUAUUCGCAGCAUUUAAACUUUACUUAGGAGGACAGAGUUCAUACUCGACACACAUAGAAGAGGAGAGAAAUCUAUGUCUCUUGUGGACCUGAUGGGACAGAUGGGAGUAAGGAUGCUUCACAGGAACCCGCUGCAGGCUGCCUGGCUUUGUUGUCUGUUGGCUGUUCAGGUGCACAGCUGUCCAGAUACCUGCGGCAAGUGUUCAGGCCCAGAUAAUGACCAGUGUGAGGAAUGCAGAGCAGGAUGGACACUCCAUAAUAACACCUGUGUAGACGUUGAUGAGUGUGGCACGGAGCUGGGUAUCUGUCCUACAAACAGCUACUGCUUCAAUACAGAUGGUUCCUUUGAGUGCAGAGACUGUGACUCGGCCUGUGUGGGCUGUAUGGGUAGCGGACCAGCACGCUGCCGGAAAUGUGCCUCUGGGUACACACUGACAGGGUCCAAGUGUUUGGAUAUAGAUGAAUGUAGUGACAGGGUACUUGCCUGUCAUGGUCUGGAUGAGAUUUGUACCAACACAGAAGGCUCCUUCCGCUGUGACUGUGCUGAAGGAUUCGUCCAUAGGGACGGAGUCUGUGUGAAGAAGCAGCAGCCUGGUGUUCGGGAAAAAGGUCUGUUUGAGGAUAUUCAGGACGACGAGGUGGAGGUGCUGCAGCAGAUGAUCUUCGGGGUGGUGCUUUGCGCUCUGGCCACGCUGGCUGCUAAGGGGGAUUUAGUUUACACAUCUGUAUUCAUGGGAGCAGUGGCAGCCAUGGCAGGGUACUGGCUUUCUGACAAGGGAGACCGUUUGUUAGACAGCUUCUUAAAGGGACGUUAAAGCUCAAAAAGACUUUAACAUUGCAUGUGCCACUGCUCAGCAAGGCCUGAAACAAUCCCUGUCCAGAUGGACAAUGUCACACUUUUCUAUCUGGAAGAUCAUUUAUGGCAACAUUUUAACAACCACUGAACCACCAUGAAAAUAAUAUAAAACCAAGUUCAGUGUACAGAGAGUAAAUCUCAAAAGAACAUCCCUUCUUCCACAUUUGAAGCCUUUUAAUGAAAUUCAGGUUUUAGAUGCAGAUACACAGAAGAAGUGACAAAUCAGGUGACAGCUUCUUCUGUCCCUGCAUCUUCUUUCUGUGUUGUCUGACUGACUAUGGGAAAUAUCUUUUUAAUUUUCACCGGCUAGGAUUGAUCAUGAUUCUUCAUCACUACACAGUUUUUAGAUAUCAUCCUGUAAUAUCACAGAGAUGGGCAACAUGAGUGUGGAAGUUUAUUCUUGACCUUGUAAAUAGUAGUAUGACAAAGUUUAAUUCAAGGUCCACUUACCAGCUUUGUCUGGAGCCUUUCAACUGUAUUUUACUGUCUUCAUCAGUGGAUGGUGUUUGCAUUGUUAUCGUCACAAACUCCAGUAACUGAUGAGGACCGCAAGAUGCAUUUGAAGACUUUUAAACGACUGUCCAGCUGUACCACUUUUCUGUAAUGAGCUGGAAAGUGCUUUUUAUUGAUACCUUGUUCUGGCAUUUGUAGCCACCAACAAUGGUGUCAAUUGUAGCUUCAAGAAUUUACAGCUUGCUUGAAUUUGUUUGCAGAAACCAUGUACUGUAUUAGAUUUACUUCUUAUACUGUAAUAAUGGCACUGCAUUUGUAACAUGUACAUUAUACUAUAUAGUAAUAUUUCUAAUGACCCUUUCCUCCACGUUCACACUGUAAACCCAGAUUUACAGUAGUUUAGUGGUCACUACUUUACAUUAUUACAUUACAUGUCAUUUAGCUGACGCUUUUAUCCAAAGCGACUUCCAAUUAAGUGCUUUCAACCCUGAAGGUGCAAACUCCAGACAACAAGUAGUA